CCCGAAGAUGGCUCGUGCCCACCCUGGGCUGGCGCCCAGUGCCUGAGGUCCUUACCAUGGUGAUGAUCCUGAGUCAAAGCCUCGACAAGCAGGGAGCUGACCCCGUAGCGUGCAGGACCUUCAUCCCUGAGCUGCACACGCCAAAGAAGAUGAGUCAAGGACCGACACUUUUCUCUUGUGGAAUUAUGGAAAAUGACAGAUGGCGAGACCUGGACAGGAAGUACCCUCUUCAGGUCGACCAGCCGAGCGCCGGCAUCUGGGAGCGCCUGCCCGACAAGUGUCAGGACCGCGCUCUGUGGCGCCGGGAGGCCGCGACUGCCUGCGCGGUCACCAACCUGAUCAAAGACCUCAGCCUCAGUGACCACAGCGGGAACCCCUCAGCGCCCCCCAGCAAGCGCCAGUGCCGGUCGCUGUCCUUCUCCGACGAGAUGUCCAGCUGCCGAACAUCGUGGAGGCCCUUGGGGUCCAAAGUCUGGACUCCUGUUGAAAAGAGGCGCUGUUACAGCGGGGGCAGCGUCCAGCGCUACUCUAAUGGCUUCAGCACCAUGCAGAGGAGCUCCAGCUUCAGCCUCCCGUCCCGCGCCAACGUGCUCUCCUCGCCCUACGACCAGGCGGGACUUCACCACCGAUCUGGCGGUCAGCCCUGCCAGGGGACGCCAGGCUCGGCCACCUGCAGACAGGCAGGCGACAUCUGGGGCCCCGACCCAAGCCCCAUGGGUGGGGCCCGACUGGACAUGCAACGGUCCCUCUCCUGCUCGCACGAGCAGUUCUCCUUUGCGGAGUACUGUCCCCCCUCAGCCAGCAGCACCCCUGCCUCGACGCCGGAGCUGGCCAGACGCUCCAGUGGGCUCUCCCGCAGCCGCUCCCAGCCGUGUGUCCUUAACGACAAGAAGGUCGGCGUUAAGCGGCGUCGCCCCGAGGAGGCACAGGAGCAGAGGCCCUCCCUGGACCUGGCAAAGAUGGCGCAGAACUGUCAGACCUUCAGCAGCCUCAGCUGCCUGAGCGCGGGGACGGAGGACCGUGGCCCUCACAGCCCCUUCGCCCUCCACGUCAGCAGCACCAGGUCCUGGACCGCCUUGCUCUCGGCCUCGGGCACGGGGGGCAGGACCCCCGCCGGGACCCCGAUCCCCGAGCCUCUGCCCCCGUCCCUGGACGACCACCCCGCCUGCCAGGAGGAGCCGUGCUGCGAGGAGGCGGGUGGCUGCGCCCUCGGCGAGGGCUGUGGUGGGCGUGGGGAGCCGGGCACGGCCUGGCGGGACCACGGGGCUGUCUGCAAUAGCCCCUGCUCCCUGGACGGCGAGCUGGACAUUGAGCAGAUAGAGAACAACUGAGAGGCCCCGGCUGGCGGCGGGGCGGGCAGGGCAGGGGGUGCGCUAGAAUCCAUAGGCCUCCUGCCACCUCUCCCCCCACCCCUCUCCCGCCGGGCGCCUGGCCGGGCCCGCGGUGCAGGGUCUCAGCCUUUCACCAGCACCGCACCCACGCUCCGUGGAGCUACCACGGCCGGGAGAGAAGCUUCUUGGUUUCGGUCUCCUUCCCCCUCUUUCCUGUGGGAUGUCGGCGCAAGCGUCCCACCGUCCCCGCUGGGCAGUCCCGUGGCGCUGCGGCAGGGCUGGCCCGUUCUGUGUGCUUCCGCCCGGGCUCGGGUCCCUCCUCUGGGGUCACGGCCCUUCUCGGCCUCCUGCUCAGGUUCAGUGGGGGGGGAGCUGGCCCACAGCGCCCUCCCUCCCUCAGUCGUAUUCCGUGCCUUCUCUCCCAGGCCUCCCACCUGGGGCCUGGGCGGGGUCGGGAGACGCUUCCUUCCGUGGUGACACCAGAACCGUUUAGCCUUAAUGCCAAGUGCGGGGCACAGCAGCCCUGGGCUGCCGGGCGGCCUCCACAUCUGGACUCUCAGGGUCCAGGGAACAACUCGGGGCGCUCGUUAGAGGCCGUCUAGCUGGGGAGACGUUUGGUGGCUCUGCUGGCCGCAAAGGCAGAGCCACGAGCCCCUCCUGCGGCGUGGACGGCCUGGCCCGGGCUCCUGCCGCUCUGGGGGCCGCUCUGGCAGGGUCGGCAGCUGGCAGCCACUCUCCGUGACCAACCUGUCAUGGAGUGUCAGGCGAGUGGAGCGAUGUCACCGUAAAAGGGCGACCUCUUGAAAACGUCCUCAGGAAGCAGGACUUCUGUGCAGGCGCACAGCCCCAGGCCCUGCGCUCGUUUCAGGACGGAGGGCGUCUGCUGGCCGCUCUGGGGCCCCGCAGCCUUCACGCGCAGGCUCGUUGUCGGUGGGCCAGGUGGGCCGGGGAGCAGAGGGUGGCGAGUGCCUCUCCCCGCCGCAGGCAUAGAGCGAGACGCGCGCGUACCCUCCCCGGCUCCGGGCCCCCCCGUCCCCCGCCCCCCGGGGUUGCCGAGGCGCCCCACCCCGCGACGUCUCCCUCCCAGACAGCUCCUCUCCAGCCCCGCUUGCACACAUGCCCCCUGGGCUCUGCUGCCUUGGAAUCUGGCUUUUAGCAGCUUGGCGCCUUCCUCAGACGAUAGCAGUUGGGUCGGCUUGUGAGCGAGUGGCUCUUUUUCCCGUGAGGCUAAACACAUCUGUGCGUUCUCCGGAGCUCGCUGCCGCGACAGAGACUCUCUCGGAGUCACUUUGCCCCUGCUCAUCUGUUCACGGCGGAUGCCUCACCGCUGCAGGUCGAGUACAAGUAGCUCUCACUUUCUUUCCACUGAGGAGAGAGACAAUGUUUGGGAAACUUUACUUAAACCUUUACUUUCUUACAUCAGAAGCGAGGGGGCUCAAGUUCUCAUUUAUACUUGGCUUUUCUUAAAAGUCAGCCAUAAGAUGCUUGCAGAAAAUCCCAACUCCGUGGCCCCCCAAGAUUGUGCUGAAAGCCUCAGGUUGUAGAGCGUAACGGGUGUGCGGGCGCUGGGUAGGUCCCUCCAAAGGCACGUUCCCCUGGGGAGUCGGACGAGGCAGCCGGCGGCUCUGGUGGGGAAGGACGUCUCACCUGACCCCUGCUUGGUGGCCCGUCGUCUUAGAGCUGAUCCAGAGGAGGCUAGGGCAGCUGUUCGGUGGCGUCCAGCGACCAACGUAUGAAUUCACAGAGUACAUGCUGGCGCCCCUCGGCCUCAGAAAGCCUGGGGUGGGAGGUGUUGACACCUGGCCGCACCAAGAGUGGCCAUAGGGGGCGCAUGCAGGACAGCAGUCCUUCCCGGGGAAGGACAAGCAGGAUCCCGCCUCCCUCACCCACCGACAGGGGCGAGACUCAGCCAGGAUGGGCCUCUCCUCGGGGCCAGGAGGGAGGGCACAUGGCGGUGGGUGGGUGUCACGGGCCUGUGGCGCAGGUGACGCCCUUGGACCCUGCCAGUCACUUCCCCCCCUUCCCAGGCCUGGUGGCAGGGAAGGACAAGCAGUGGCCCCAUCGUCCCCACCUCCCCGCAGGCUGGUCCUGUCAACCCAAAAGGCAGAAGGGAUCCCAGCCCAAGGCAGGGUUUGGCCCUUUCCAGCCACCUCAGGCCUCUCUUGGCUGUUCUGCCCCAACCGAAGCUCCUCGCCAAAGCCCACGACAGCAGCAGGGAGGGGAGAGGAUGGCCAGUGACCCCUCUCAGAGAAAGAGACGGCCUUCCAGUGGCUUCAUGUCGGUCUUAAUUGAAGGCAGCAGACCUCGUCUAGAAGGUGCUGCCACACCUCCAGAGGCCAUCUGUGCUCUGCUCCUCUGGCACCGGGAAUUUGGUCUUGGAGGGAGGCAUCCUCUGACCCCAGCGGGCUGCCCCUGGGGGCAGCAGGCGGCCUGGUGGGCUCCCCGCAAGCCUCACUUCUGCUGGGGCCCUGCCUCUUACAGCCCAUGAACUCCUGCCUCUGAGGAAGUUCGGAGCCGGGAGGGAGGGCGGUGCCAGGCCGUCCGCCGGCCCCGGGGGCCCUGAAGGACUAGAACGGGGUCGUGGGUGGGGAGGGGGGGCUUCCUGUCCCGGGGCAUCCCUGCUCACUCCAGAGGGAGCGCCUGCUAGAGCCGCUGGACUAACGGGCUGCUGCCUGUGAGGGCCGGGCCGGGGGCCAGGGCCACAGCCUCGCCGUUUACAUUACCGCAAACCCUCUUGCCUUACGGUGGAGGCCGGGGUCCAGCCCAGGGCCCACAGGCAGACACGACAUCCAGGCCACAGGAGAGCUUGUUCUGAUCAUGCAUAUGAAUUUUCAUUCUCAGAAAGCCUUACUUUUCAGCAAAAUUUUUGUAGCAGGAAAGUCUUGUGAAUUUGUACGCGGAAAGAAAAUUUAAAUAAAGGAGAAGUCCACCUUAGAAAAAUAAACAAACCCAACAUCCAAAUGGGUCUCCAGGCAGGGUUGGCGUGUUCGUUUCCGCGCUCUGGCUGGCACUGCCGGGGCCCUCAGCGCAAGCCCUGGGUGCCCCACCGCAGGCUCAAGUCGCGUGUGCUCUGGCCUCGGGGCCGGUCACCCGAACGAUGACCGCUUCAGGCCCCGCGGCCUGGGGCGCGAGCGGUACCCCGCCACCCCGGCGCUGGGGCGGCAGCCCGGCCAGGGCGGUGCCUCCGUGUAGGCAGUUGUGCCGCGUCUUGCCACGGCCACACAGUUGGCCCGACCCCUCCCACUGGUGCCAGAAAAAACCAUUCCUCUUGAAAGAGAAAAAGAUUAAAAAAAAAAAAAGAAAUCCCAGACCGCAGCGGAGAUCUUGUAGCCUAGGUAGGAUAGUCUGACCUUCUAGCAUAGUCUCUUUGGCAAAGAAAUUGUGUUUCAGUGCGGGGGUGGGCGAUGCCCCGGGGCGCGGGGACGGCGAGUCGGCGGUUUCUCGGGCCGUGUGCGCUUUCCCAGCUGUACCUCGUGGGCACUGGGGAGCCUCAGGAAGUGUGGCGGCCAGGACGGGCAGUGUUGGGCCAGGCCCCUGCCCGGGGCGAAGCGCUGGGUGCAGAGGCGCUGGGUCUGUCCCCCACCUCCACCCACCGCAGCCUGUCCUCCGCACGGGCCGCGACUGUCUUGCACUAGAGCCGCUCUAGUCUCUCAGGAAUUUGCUUGUUACUUUUACUGUGUAAAUAAAGCUUCCUGGUUCAAUACCCAGCUGCCGGGAGCCGGCUGUGUGCUUUCUGUUGGGUGUGGCAGAUCGGAGGGUCCCCCCUCUGCCUUUGGGACCCUUCGCUCUGGACUGGCACGGGCGGAGCCUGGGCCCUUCUAUCCCCUCCGAGCCGCAGGGUCAGGUCUGUAAGACGGGGAGAGUGGACAUCUCAGAGCUGUCGAGAGGCUCAGGUGCAGGAGGCUGUGCGCGACCACGCUGGGGGUGCUGUGAUCGCGGGGGCCCCCAGCACCGGGACGGUUCGUACCUGUGUGUUCCGGCUGGAGAUGCCUGCCAUGCGAGGCCACGCAGCAGCUGCUCCAGGAUGCACUGCUGCAGGGCGCCUGGCCUGGAGCCCUGUGGGCCUGCGGGGCCCCCUGCCCACCAGGGUCACCAGGGAGGGGGCGGAGGCUGGGACCCCACGCUCCUCGGAGGGCAGCACGGCUCAGAUCUGUGCUGCUCAGGCCGAGGGGUCGCCAGCACUCACAGCUCAGCUCAGAGUGGGCUCCAGGGCACACGGUCCCUGUGCCUGGCCCCCAAGUCAGGGACCCCCUCGCUAACCAAGCUCAGGAGACCAGGAUGUUUGCAGCCUCGAGGACAGGCUUAGGGAGGCUUCUGUCAUUUCUAUAACCCAAGGUUGGCCCACAUCAUCUGACCGCAGAGGUUCUGCCUGGAGAUCUGUUAGGUCCUGAGGGGAUGCCCCCCUGGGAACGAGACACAAGAGCACCCCGUCCAGACUGUUAUUGUUAUCUCUUUAGCAGCCGCUCCUUCUUCAAACAAAAUGGUCCAUGAACGUCUAGUUUACGAAGCAGGUGAAGCAAGGCUGCUGUGGCAGAAGCUGGGGGUGUGAGGUGCAGCCUUGCAGCCCCAAAGCCCAGGGGCCCCGGGACCCAGCCUCGCGUCCCCCAUGACUGGCAGGGGAGGCUUCCACAGAGUGGCCCCGGAUGGACCUACAGCCCUAAUAGCUCCUUGCCUGCCCCGCUCAGGUGACAACCCUGGCUGUGCUCGGGUCUGGACCUGGGGCUGGCGCCGGCCCUUCUGUCGGGCCAUGGCCCGGGUGGAGCCUUAUCUCCCUGGCUCAGCUCACCCAGUGGUGCCUCCCCUGUGGCAGGGGGAGGACACCGUCUUGGGCACAGGCUCUGGGGCUCACUGGGCAGCAGCUCAGAUGCCCUGCCGUUGGGUCCAGCUGCAGGUCUCUGGGCCUGGCCCCGCUGUGGACCGCCUGCAGCUGACAUGGGCCACCAGGACAUACGCUGACUCCAGGCAGCCUCCUCAUAUGCAGACAGGGCUUGUAACACUCUCAGGGCUUAAAUGAGAGAAUCAACACUAAAAAAACCCCAGUACCACACUAGACAGACAGUCCAGUCCAGACUGUGAUAAAACAUUUAUCUCCAUGUGGAAAGAGGGGUGAAAGGAAAUGUGUCCAGAUACUAACAGUGGUCAGGCUCUGAGUGACCCGUGUGGCUCCUUUGUAAACUUUUCUGUUCAUGUUCCUAUAGUAACAUAUUGCUUUUAUAAUCUUAUUUUAAAAAAAUCAAAACUUAAGAAAAAAUGAGAUGAUACAAAGUGUCCAGUUUGUUUCUCAUCUAAAGCGGGACAGUUCUGAGCGGGAAGGCGGGACCUAGUGGAUACUCAGGCUGGGUGGAGGUGGCACCGUGAGCGCCCAGCAGGCGCCCACGCGUGUCCCUCCCAGCGUCCCCACCCCUGUGCCCCUUCCUCCUGCCGCUGCCCGCCCGCUCCCCCGAGAGGCGCAGGCAUGGCCCAGCGGGUAGGCCAGGCCUUUGCAGGGACCUCGUUCACCUGAUCUGAGGAGGAGAGAAGCGCCGCAGCUGUCUGGGCCCCAUGGUGGGCACACACCUGCCGGCGAGGACUCGGACCCCUCAGCCUGGCUCCCAGCUCCCGGCAGGGCAGCGAGAGGAUGGUGUGGAUGCCCUCCUGGUGCCAUGCCCCUCUCCUCUCCCGUGCGAGUUUGGCUGGAGCCGCCAUUGCCCUGCCCCAGGGUCAGCCUGGGACUUUCUUGGGACCCGGAUCCAGCCAGGCCUGGAUUUGGAAGCCUCGUAGAUGAUAAACUCCUGCUGGAUUAACCCAGUUUGAAUCGGGUUUUCACACAGGGCUGGUACCAUGUGGACGCUUGAGUUGGGAGAUCUGGGGGUAGGUGAGGCCCUUGUGCCCCCGUCCUGCCCUCUCCUUUGCCCCACCCGUCCCUCCCCCUUCCAGCAGCUCUGCUGGGUGGCCCGAGAGCCUGGAGUGUCUGCUGGCCCUGUGGCAGAUCUGGGGCGCAUCUCCUGACCACAGACAGGUCCUCAGGCCACUGCCAGCUCUGAACUCCAGCCCUACCUGUGGCCUGUGGCUCCGUCUAUCUCUGGCCCGAGAACUGUCCUGCUUGGGGGGUGGGGAAGGAGGGUGGGCAUCAGGCCAGGGCCCGACAGCUGGAAGGACCCAGGGGUGAGGCAGGUCAUCCUCACUUCUGGGCAGUCCCCGGCGCCGCAGCAGGAGAGGGGUCAGCAUCCCCAGUGGGGCGACGGGGCACCCUGGCCUGGCCGGGCCUGGUCCCCGGCAGGGCUCAGGGAAGGAUAGGAUAGCUGAGGUUCGGGGGUACAUGGCGUCCCCAGAGUAGGGCUGGACCUCAAUCCCGAGGCACAUUUCAUCUCCACUGGGAGGAUGCCAAGGUGCUCCUCGCCUGGAAAGACAGCCACCGGGACCACCGCAGGUCAUCCCCUGUGGAGGGAUCGUGGAAGGGACUAGGAAGGGCAUGGGAUGCAGGGUCAGACCUUGAUUUGAGCCUCGGCUCUAUCCUUGCCAGCCGUCAGCCCGUAGGCAAGUCAGUUUCCCUGCACCUCAGUUUCCUUACCUGUAAAAUGGGGAGAUGACAGUGUCCACUUCACAGAACCCACAGCUCGGGGGGGCAGCGUGUUCUCCACCCAAAGCAGGGGUCUGCGCCUGCUGCCCGAGUCCCUCUCCGUCCUCACUCCUGGGCAGCAGCUCGCAAGGGGAGGCUCCACUUGUCCAUGGAGAGCGGGACCCCCCCAGCCUCCUUCCUCCAGAACCAUACUGCCCUGCCUGCAAGCCCCUGCUGAGGACAGCAGGCAAGGGCAGCCCACGAAAAAGGAAGAAAGAAAAGAGGGAACAAACCCAACAGAAGGCUGCAGGCCCGUCCCCGCACAGUCGCCUUCCGAGCCCUGGUGCCUGCUGCCCACACUGCGCUGGUCACCUAACGAGCUGGAAUUAGGGGACUCCGUCCAGGGGCAGGCCAUCUGCAUAUCUGCCAGCUAACAGGCCAAACGCCCCUCCUCCCCUGCAAGCCAGUGACCCGAGCCUGGCCGGUGGCCUCAUCUUGCUGAAGAGACUCAGCUACCACCGUUUCUUCCUAAUCCUGAUUUAAUGGUGGCCGGCCUGGCGGGCAAGCCCUGGGGACCGCACAGACCCCCGCCGGCCCUGCUCCCGUGCUGGGGACUCAGGUUCAGGGCGAAGCGUUCUAUCAUCACCUGCCUUCGUUUAAUGGAAAUCCCGUGACGGAAGACUCACGACCUCUUUCACGAGGAGUCUCCCGAGAUUUGUCAGUGGGUUCUGGAUGGAUUUGGGGAGAAACAGAGCAUUCAAGUUAUCUGUUCUGCUGAUCGAUGCUGAAACCUGAAACUUGGGCCGUGAGUGAAUCUGGGAAGCCCGCGGCUCACUGCCCGCCACCUCGGGCUGCUGCGUGAGGGAAGGCCCACGCUUGCCCUGUGCACCUGGUCCCCGUGGGGCCUCAGUUUCCCCCUCUGUUAAACAAAGGGUUUGAGGCAGGCGAGGUGUCUCAGGGCCCUGGCCCCCUGACGUGCAGGGGCUCAAGUCCAGGGCAGGAUCAGGGACGGUGCCUCCUCCCUGCCGCCCACCCCGCGCAGUCAGAGCCGGAGUCGCCGUGGGUCAGGGCAGAGAGUUGAUUUAACCGUUAGUUUCCUGGGUGUGACACAUUCACGUCUAUCGAGUUCAGGCUCCAGAAGGUACCCUCCACCUGCCACCUGGAUUCCAGAGCUUACAAUUCUUGCUCGAAGGACGGCAGUCUUUAAAGUGCCCCUGGGAGCCGCUCCAUUUGGGUUCCAGAGGUGACUUGGGAUAGAAAUGGCGGGCUGCAUUGUUUGGGGGGUUCGUGGGGAGUGCUGAGCGGUCCCUCUGACACCAGGUGAGGGCAGGGGCCGCUGGGCAGUCCCGGGGAGGCUGGCUCGGCUCUGGCCGCAAGGACUCUGCUUGGGAGUCCCCGCUUUCUCCAGGCGCCUCCCUAAAACUCAAGGGCUGUUUGAAAAGAGGCAGGGGGCAAACGCCAGAGUCCGAUUCGGUAGCGCAUUGAAAGGUCUGGCCGACUGGAGAGAGAAUGGGUUUGGGGAUUCGACAGCUGUGCCCCACCUCUUGACUUCCACUAGGGAAGCACAGGGAGGGGCUGGGCCAGCAGGUGGGGAUCAAACUUCACCCAGGAGGCUGGGAGGUGUGCCCGGAGAGGAGGAGGGAAGGGGGGUCGGCAGAAGGAGACGGAGGAGGGGCUGGUGGCUCAGGGGCAGGGCAGCCCAGAACUGCUUGGCUGGCACCCUCUCGCUUGCCCGUCCAGGCCAGGGGGCAGUGCCUCGGAUGGUGUGGGCACAGGAGAGGGCGGCAGGAGGCUAGGGGCCCUCCCAGAAAGCCUGUCACUUGUCCGCGUGCUGCAGCAGCAGGUCCACAGCCUCCGCCAGGUUGUCCACAUACCCAUCAGCCUUUAUUUCCGGGUGGUGCUCGUCACUGGGCCUGCAGAGAGCAGGACCAUAGGUUAGUGGAUCAGUAACCCCAAGGUGACCCCUGCGAAGCCACUGCCCCCCAGCAUCUGGCACGGGCCCGGCCUUGCCCUCGGGAGACCUGCAGGCCCUUCUGUGCCCCAUCGGGCAGGCUGGUCUUGGCCAACGGCUGUCCCUGUCCUCCCCACGCCCCAGGCCCGGCCGCCGCAACUCAAGAGCACACACACGUCCCUCCUGACUGUCCGUCCACCUAGACUCCUCCCUGUGCCCCUCCCGUUGGAAGCUUGCUCGGAGCCCCGUCGCGGUGACCACUGGCCCCUGCUCCGUCCGUGCUGCCAGCAGAAGGAUCACACCUCUGAGAGCGGGGCCCUGAGUUCGGUCCUUCUCUCUCUGAGUUUCCUGCCCAAACCCCAGGGGGCUCAUGUACCAUCUGCUCAGCGCCCGCAGAGGCUGCUCCCACCCAGCAGAGGAAGGCUCCUGGCAAAGCUGCUCUCUGGCUGAGAUUUGGGGGGCUAGAAGCUCCCAAAGCCUUCAUCCAGGCCCUGCUGGAUUCCCUGAGGUCCCACUGGAUGCUGAGGACAAGGGGAGCGAGACCACACGGCGCGUGUGGGUGCCUGUGGGGUCCGUGCAGCACCCAGGGGACCCCGUGUGGGUGCUCCAUGGUGGGGGCUGCGGGCUGGGUCCUGAAGCAGAGCAGGGCUCCAGGUGGACACAUGGAGGCGGAGGAGAACUGCAAUGGGGCUGGGGCCCCGGCCACAGGAGGGAGGAGGGGCUCGGGCUGGGCUCCAGGCCACGUCCCCCAGAGUCUUGACAGUUGCGGGAGGAACUGGGACCUCAUCCCGGGGGCCGGGGGCAGCCUGGAGGGCUGUGAACCGGAGCGUGGUGUCCUGGCGACAGGAAGGGCCGUCCCACUGCUCGCGGGCUGGAGCUCGGCGGGGUUAGGGGCCACUCCGACUACCCCAAGGUCUGACCCAAGCGCCCUGGGAAAGCACACGGCACCCUCCCAGCACCGGGCCCUCACCUCGGAAGCCCCCACCCUGGCCUGGAAGGAAGUGGUUGAAGUUGGCUCUGACACCAUCAUUAAAGUCAAGUUGCCCCUUUGAAGGGUUUGGCAUCUAUGAAGCACGUGACCCUAAAAUGCUGUCCUGGGCAACGGCACCUUUUCUUUUACAGCCCAGGAGCCUAGAGGCCCCCUCCCCAGGGGCUGCUGAGGCCUGGGACCUGGGCAGGGGUGUAGGGGGAGGGAAGUGCGGACACUCCUUAUGACUGAGGAGGGCCCACCUUUGACUCUGCACGGUCCCCCUUCCUGCUGUAGUCCUCAGGCACGGCCCUCCCACGUCUCCCAUCAUUUUCUCCUUCCAUCCUCGGGGAGGAGGCAGGUGCCCCCCUCUGACAGUUGAGGAAAUGGGGGCUCAGCGAGGUUCAGAGACUUGCUCGAGGCCAUGCCGCAGGGAGAGCAGAGCCGGGCAUCUGACCCGGUUCCUCUGAUUCCCAGCGGUACUCUGGGCGCCAGAGCCUCCAAGGGCAUGCGCUGCCACUGGGCACUCCCACCCCCCCAAGAAGGUCACAGUGGGCAGCGCCCACUCCACACAGAGGCCACCUACAGAUGCCAGGGCCGGCAGGCAUCGCUCCUCUGGUCUUCUCGAGCGGGGCCACCCUGCGGCUCAGGGAUCGACACACUCACAGACAGGUGCCGCGGAGGGUACAUGACUCCACCAGAGGUGAGGCCCCAAACAUGAGCCUUGGGGACAAGACAAGGGGACGAGUGCACAGGGACCCUCACCACCACCCACAGGAUCAGCAGCUCUCUCGUGGCAGUGGAGGUACUUUAAGGGAUCACUAUUUCAUUCUUGCCAGAUCCAGACAGUCUACAGUGAACGUGGGAAUUAAGACCCACGUUAUUCUGCAUCAGUGCUGAAACACUCACUUGUUCAUAGCGAAAGGUUGUAUGUGGCACACACUCUGGAAAACCAUGUGGGGACCUACUUGUGACACACAGUUCCACUCCUAGGUGUGCAACACAGCAAAAGCGCAUCGACAUGUUCACCAAAGACACGUACUAGAAUGUUCCGAGCAGCUUCAGUCGCAAUAGCAAAAAGGCAGACACUGCACAAAUAUCCAUCAGCGGGAGAACAGAGGGACAGAGGGUGGUACGUGCACACGUCAGAGCAGCACAGGACAACACCACCCGCAGUGAAUCACCCGCCACACGCUGCAGCAUCUACCC